AAAGAAAUAAAAAAAACUUCAUAUAUGAAAAGAGAAAUGUUAUAACUCUUUCUCUCUGAAAAGGCUUAACUUUUGAACGAAGCAAUCACGAGAAACCUUUGAAAAUCUCUCACUUUGGAUCCGUUCCUUAUUCACUUCUUUAACUUCCAAAACUCAACUUGUAUCCAAAACUUUCCUGGUGCUUUUCCGUCUUCUCGUGUGUCCUUUUUCCCGGAAAAUUUCCUCCUUCCUUUGUUAAUUUUCACCGGAAAGUUUCUUUGUUCUACUAAGGAAGAAAGAUGAAACCCAUUUGUUUCCUUCUCUGUUUCUGUUUCCUUCCUGUAAAAGUCUCUUCCUUUUGACAUAUUCUUGGUUUUCAACUUAUUAACAAAACCUCUGUUUGAAAAUUUCUUUUCCCUGAUUCUGUUUUGUUUUCUUGAGGGAAAUUAAUGAAACCGCGGCUAUCGAACCCAUGUUUUUGAAUCAGUUCAUGCACUUCCUGAAAUCUAUUCACACUUUCAGAAGGAAAACCGCAGUUUAACAGAAACAAAACAAAGCCCUAGAUCCUCUGUUUUUCAACCCCUACCUUGUGAUCCAAGCAUAAAGUCUCUUCUGAUUCAACAUGUCUAGUUCAUGUUUCAACCCGUUUCGUCUCCGGUGGUCUCUGAGAUCCAAAUUUCCUCCGGAGCCUGACUUCCCGGCCUUAUCCGCUCUCCCGUCUACCUCCAAAACCAACCGGUAUGCUGAAAAUGAGACGAUGGAGAAGAAAAGAUUCGACAGUAUGGAAUCUUGGUCGAUGAUCCUAGAGUCCGAGAACGUGGAGACAUGGGAAGCUUCCAAAGGCGAAAGAGAAGAAUGGACCGCAGAUCUUUCGCAGCUCUUCAUCGGGAACAAGUUUGCUUCCGGAGCUCACAGCAGAAUUUACAGAGGGAUCUACAAACAGAGAGCCGUCGCCGUGAAGAUGGUGAGGAUCCCAACACACAAGGAAGAGACAAGGGCUAAGCUCGAACAACAGUUUAGGUCCGAGGUUGCUCUGCUUUCUCGUCUCUUCCACCCUAACAUCGUCCAGUUCAUUGCGGCGUGCAAGAAACCGCCGGUAUACUGCAUAAUAACAGAGUACAUGUCGCAAGGUAAUCUCCGAAUGUACCUCAACAAGAAAGAGCCUUACUCGCUCUCGAUCGAGACUGUGCUAAGGUUGGCUCUAGACAUCUCAAGAGGAAUGGAGUAUCUUCACUCGCAGGGUGUUAUCCACAGAGACCUAAAGUCUAACAAUUUGCUAUUGAAUGAUGAAAUGAGAGUGAAAGUUGCAGACUUUGGGACUUCUUGUCUCGAGACGCAAUGCAGAGAGGCCAAGGGUAAUAUGGGAACUUAUCGAUGGAUGGCUCCUGAGAUGAUCAAGGAGAAGCCUUACACUAGGAAAGUCGAUGUUUAUAGCUUCGGCAUCGUUCUAUGGGAACUCACCACUGCAUUGCUUCCGUUCCAAGGCAUGACCCCUGUGCAAGCCGCGUUUGCAGUCGCUGAAAAGAACGAGAGACCGCCAUUGCCGGCGAGCUGUCAGCCGGCGCUAGCUCACCUGAUCAAGAGAUGUUGGUCGGAAAACCCGUCGAAGCGGCCGGAUUUCUCAAACAUAGUGGCGGUGCUAGAGAAGUACGACGAGUGUGUCAAAGAAGGGUUGCCUUUGACGUCACACGCAAGCCUCACGAAGACAAAGAACGCGAUUCUUGAUCGCCUUAAAGGCUGCGUCUCGUCCCUCAGCUCACCAUCUUCUUCUUCGUCCUCUGUACCUGUAAAUGCCUAGUAGUUAAAAGAUGUUUAAAUACCAUAAUCCUCUUUCUCAUUCUUAAGGUCACUAUUCUUUUUUAUAUUCCCACAAGCUAUUUGAUUGUAUUUUGCAUCUACGAGAUGUUAUUAUUUGAUGACAUCCACUUAUUUAGGCUAAUUAAUUUGUAUGAAAUAGAAUGUGUUUAGUUAUUAUCAUGAUACUUGUUGAACAUUAGUCUCUCAUUGUAAAGGAAGUGAGCUGAAAAAGAGUACGUAAGUG